AUUCUCCACUAUAAAAACGCACUUCGCUCUUCUCCUCAUCACACAAACUGUUCUGCUUCGUUUCAUUUCACAAUCCACAAAUUCGCUCGCAUCAUCCAUGGCUGACACAGUUGCAGUUGCUGAAGUACCACCAAAGAGGUCCAGGGGUGGCAGAAAGGCGCUGAAGGAGAAAACCCCGUCAACGAACGAGGCAAACAUCAUAGCUGGGAAGGUUUCUGAAUCCUCUGCCUCUCCAAUUUCGAAGAAUCAGCAGUCGAAGCAGCAAUCAUUCGAGAAGGACUUGCUUGAGAUGCAGGAGAAGAUGCAGCAGAUGCGUCUCGAGAAGGAGAAGACUGAGGAGCUCUUGAAGGCCAGGGAUGAGCUAUUGAAACAGAAGGAGGAAGAGCUUGAAAAUCGUGGCCGCGAGCAGGAGAAGCUUCAGGUUGAGCUGAAGAAAUUGCAGAAGCUGAAGGAGUUCAAACCUACCAUGAAUUUGCCUAUGCUGAAAGAGAAGGAGCAGGAUAAGAAGGAGAAGAAGAAGAAGAAUGGGGGCUCUGAGACAAAAAGGCCUUCUCCACCUUACAUUUUAUGGAUGAAAGACCAAUGGAGUGAGAUUAAGAAAUCGAACCCCGAGGCCGAAUUUAAGGAAAUUUCAAACAUGCUUGGGGCUAAAUGGAAGACAGUUAGUGCAGAAGAGAAGAAGCCUUAUGAGGAGAGAUACCAUGCAGAAAAAGAGGCUUACCUGCUGGUGACUGCAAAGGAAAAACGUGAGAUUGAGGCAAUGAAGCUCUUGGAAGAGGAGCACAAGCAGAAGACUGCUAUGGAAUUGCUUGAACAGUAUAUGCAGUUUAAACAAGAGACAGAGAAAGAGGGCAAGAAGAACAAGAAAGAGAAGGAUCCAUUGAAACCAAAGCACCCUAUGUCAGCUUAUUUCUUGUUCACUAAUGAAAGAAGGGCAGCUCUUCUUGCUGAGAACAUGAAGGUCUUGGAGGUUCCCAAGGUCACAGCUGAAGAGUGGAAAAACAUGACAGAAGAACAAAAGAGGCCUUAUGAAGAGAUGGCAAAGAAGAACAAGGAGAAUUAUGCUCUGGAAAUGGAGGCUUAUAAGCAGAAAAAGGAUGAGGAGGCUGCUAAUCUCAUGAAGGAAGAGGAGGAGCAUAUGAAACUUCAGAAACAGGAAGCCUUGCAACUGCUGAAGAAGAAGGAGAAAACUGAAAUCAUUAUCAAGAAAACAAAACAGAAGAAGAAACAGAACAAGGAGGAUAAGAUUUCUGAUCCAAACAGGCCUAAGAGACCUCCAUCCUCAUUCCUCAUAUUCAGAAAUGAAGCAAGGAAAAGCUUACAGGAGGAACGACCAGGAGUCAGUAACCCCACCCUCAACGCACUUGUUUCCUUGAAGUGGAAGGAACUGAGUGAGGAAGAAAAACAAUUGUGGAAUGGCAAAGCAUCUGAAGCAAUGGAAGCAUACAAGAAGGAAUUGGAGGAAUACAACAAAUCCCUUGCAAGCACUGAAGCAACAAACUGAGACAGUAAAGAAAAGAGCCCCCCCCCCCCCCCCCCCUUGGACUUUUUGGACUUUUGCAUGUUCAAAUUUGUAUUGAACAUGUGUUUGCUUGCUAGCUGCAAUUCUCUCUAGUCUCUAGAAUUGGGUGUUGACUUUGUAAAAUUAGAAUGUUUAAUUUCAUUUAGAAUCGUUCUAAA